GUUUCGAUGGAACAUGUCGUCUUCAUCUUCAGGACAGAGGCAACUAGCUGUGUGAACUCCAAAUCAAAUAAAGAAAUGUAUAUUUCCAUGUCAUAUUCUCCAUAUUGGCCAGCCUGAGAGAAAUAAGUAUGGCGCUGUUUGAUGGUGUGGUCUGAAUGGUGUGAACCAUUAUCAUUAAAUUUUAAAUUCUAACAGUGAUAAUUCCCACGAAAAACAGUUACAAGAUAUUGUCACGCGACAAAUAACUUCAAGUGGGUCUCGGAUUUAUCGAAUCUUUAUUGUGCUUCAAUUAUACACUCACACGCUUUACAAUUAUUAUCAUUUGCAGUAUCACAAUUACUGCUUCCAUUAUAUCUCGGCCAAUACUAGACUGCUUUCGGCGGCGGCAUUCUGAAGACUGUCUUCUUGCCUUCUUCUUCUAUAUCGUAUAGCGUCUAGAUUCCACCUGUCUUUGACCGUGGCUGGAUCCCAACGAUCCCAACUGUUUCCAGCGGCGGCUAUCCCAAGGAUCCCAAGAAUCCCAAGACUAUCUCGGCGAAUGCAUUACCUUGUUAUAUAUCCGCGGCCGUUGCUACGCAGUGAACCUUCUGUUGUCCAUCACGGGGAAAACGGUGGUUCGUUGAUUCUGCAGUUCCUACGCAACGGCCCACUGUUGGAAUUACAAUACCACUCUUGUUACUUCCUAUGCAACGGUCUGUUCUAGCGUUUCCAUGGAAGUAACCUUUCAGGAUUCCAAACAUGUGUCAGUAUAAAAAUAAAGUACGGCAUUACUAAUAUAUAAAUUUAUAUUUCGACACCUCCAAUCGACAUGGUGCCCGAUCCUUAUCUAUUUACCUUUUCCUUAAUAGAUACAGGAGCAGUUCUUUUCUUGUUGGUUUAUUUCGUGAUAACUUUAUCAGAUUUAGAAUGUGAUUAUCUGAAUGCUCAACAGUGUUGCUCCAAACUGAAUGCAUGGGUGUUGCCAAAGCUGGCUGCCCAUGGCUUUAUGACACUUCUUCUACUGUUCCAUGCUCACUGGAUUCUUGCAGUUGCAAAUCUUCCAUUGGCACUUUGGCUUUCAUAUGAGUAUUUCACGGUCCCUAGAGGAAACACAGGAGUAUUUGAUCCGACUGAGAUCCAUAAUCGAGGCCAAUUGAAGAAACAUAUGAGAGACUGUAUGAUAUAUCUGGGAUAUUAUCUUGUCUUUUUCUUCAUAUAUUUGUAUUGCUUAAUAAUUUCCUUGCUUCAAGGUGACCCAUUGCCAAGACAUGAUGAGCUGAUGGAAUUCUGAAGAGAACAAACUUAUCCUAGUACCAAGGUUUAUACCAUGUAAGAGACUGAAAUCUUGCAUCAUAGAGUUAAAUUUUAUGGACAUUUCUUGUAUAUCUUGAAUAUCAAGAAUAUGUAAAUAACUUUCUCUUUGCACUAUAUAGAUGAACUGUGCAAACUACAUAAGAAGAACAGAAUGGAAUGAAACACUGGCAGUGUUUGCCCAGAAUUAUCAAGUACUGAAUUCUAAUGUAAAUAUUUGUCAUUCUUCACUUUCUCCCAUAAGAACUUGCCAAAUUGUAAGCAACAAUUGACAGAAGAAAUAUAACCUUAUGGACUUAAAAUUAAAUUGUUGUUAAAACAAUUUUUGUUUAAAUAAAGUUAAACAACAAUUCCCUUAUUUA